AUGCUCUUCUCUCGUCAGCUUGCGCGGCGCCCCCUCAUACGGGCUCCUCGCCGCUGGACUCAUUCUCCCGCUGCUCUCGCAGGCCUCAAGUCGGUCACUGAGGACGACCUCGUCCACUUCGCCCACUUCCUCCCCCCCACUUCAAUUGUCUCCACUCUAUCUCCCAGCGCGGCGCCUUCUUCCGAGCUCGAGUCGUUCAACAAUGACUGGAUGAACAAGUACCAUGGCAGGUCCACGACUGUGCUCAAACCUCGCACCACCGAGGAGGUCAGCAAGAUCGUCAAGUGGUGUAACGAGCGCCGCAUCGGCAUCGUGCCCCAAGGAGGGAACACCGGUCUAGUCGGAGGGAGCGUGCCCAUCCGGGAUGAGCUCAUUCUGAGUCUGUCGAACAUGUCUAAAAUCCGCUCGUUCGACGAUGUCUCCGGCAUCCUCGUAGCGGAUGCAGGUUGCGUCCUCCAGUCUUUGACGGACUACCUUGCGCCUCAUAAUCACAUCGUCCCCCUUGAUCUUGGCGCAAAGGGCAGCUGCCAAAUCGGUGGGAACGUCUCUACCAAUGCAGGCGGUCUCCGGCUCCUCCGAUACGGCUCCCUUCAUGGCUCUGUCCUCGGUCUUGAGGUAGUUCUGCCUGAUGGCACCAUCCUCGACCAACUGACUACUCUCCGGAAAGAUAACACCGGCUAUGACUUGAAGCAACUCUUCAUCGGUGCUGAGGGUACGCUCGGCAUUGUUACCGGUGUCUCUAUUCUCGCUGCCCCAGCUCCUCAAGCUUCGAAUAACGUUAUGCUCGCUCUCCCGAAGUUCGAGAACGUCUUGCCCCUGUACAAGGAGACCAAGCGUCAACUAUCGGAGAUCCUGUCUGCCUUCGAAUUCAUGGACCGGACUGUUUAUGAUCUCGCAGUGAAGCAUGGACAGGGCCGUGCGCUGAAUCCCGAGGAUGUCGAGGGCGCCGAGUGCUUCGUUCUCGUGGAGACGAGCGGCGGCAAGCGCGAACAUGACGAGCAGAAACUCAACUCUUUACUAGAGUCUCUUAUGGAAGCCGACGUGCCGUUAAUCAACACUGGUGUCAUUGCGACAUCGCCUGCGCAAUUCUCGUCGCUCUGGGCCAUUCGGGAAGGAUUGACCGAGGCAGUCUCGAAGGAAGGCAAGGCUUACAAGUACGAUAUAUCCGUUCCCCUGUACAAGUUCCAGGAGGUCGUCGAUAAGACCAAGAACCACCUACAAGAGAAGGGCCUCUUGCACGAAGAUGCGGUCAAGUAUGUCGUCGGAUAUGGUCAUGUAGGAGAUGGCAACUUGCAUUUGAACGUGGUGGCUGCCGCGUACACUCCAGAGAUCGAGGCCGCUCUCGAGCCUUUCGUGUACGAGUUGGUUGCCUCAUAUAAAGGCUCGAUCUCGGCGGAACACGGUAUCGGCGCUAUGAAGACUCACGCCUUGAAGUACUCGAAGAACGAGACCAGUAUCGAAUGGAUGAAGAAGAUCAAGGCGUUGUUUGAUCCGAAUGGUAUCAUGAACCCCGGGAAGGUACUCCCAUGACAUGCUCCGCCUCAUCUGCCCCAUUCAUUUAGCACAUACCUGUAUCAAUAUCUUGUUUUCCUCGCGUUUGUUCUAAUCGGAUGUCACUCCAAGAAAAGAACUUUG